AUGUACCAUAAAUAUGACCAUGAGCAGGUGCGGAUUCAGAAAGCAGAGUGGAUAUCUACGGCUUCUCUAAACCUCCUGAACACCGUCCAGAACCUGGUGAUCCAUGUUGGUCUCCUGGCAGGCUCCAUGUUGUGUGCCUGGCUGGUGGCUGAGAACUUUAACAUAGGAAACAGGGUCCUCACUGUGGGGGACUACGUGCUGUUUGCCACCUACAUCAUACAGCUUUAUAUGCCCCUUAACUGGUUUGGGACGUAUUAUAGGAUGAUCCAACAGUCUUUUAUUGAUAUGGAAAAUAUGUUUGAUCUUCUACAAGAGAAGCAAGAGGUUAAGGAUGUCCCAGGUGCCUCAGAGUUGGUGGUCACUAAAGGGAUGAUAGAGUUCAGUCAUGUUGGAUUUCACUAUGAGCCAAGCAAAGAGAUCCUUAAAGAUGUGACAUUUGUUGUCCCUCCAGGCCAGACUUAUGCUUUGGUAGGACACUCGGGCAGUGGUAAGAGCACCAUCAUACGACUGCUGUUCAGGUUUUAUGACGUCACUUCUGGAACAAUACGCAUUGAUGGUCAGGAUAUCAGCCAGGUUCAGCAGGAAAGUGUGAGGAAGGCCAUUGGUGUGGUGCCACAGGAUACAGUGCUCUUCAAUAAUGAUAUAAGGUAUGACCACCA